UGAGACCGAACAUACCAAAAGUCUGCAUAAAUGACCCAAGAAGAGUCACAAGCAGGUUCUGAAUCAGCUGAGGGCUCGGCCUGGACCUCAUUCUGAUGUGACCCAGCAGGAGAAGACUCAUCGGGCUCAACGGGAGAUUUUCAAAAGAGUCUUCAUGUCAUCUUUCCUGGUUUUGAGUCUGGAUUUUUGGGAAUAAUCAGGAUAAAAUCUCAGCCAAUAGAUAUAAUGAAAAUGCUGGGAAAAAAAAAUCACAGGACCUGAGAUAAAAACGAACCACUCGGACUCCUCAUCAUCCUAAAUUCUAUCUCAUUGAGGCCCUGAAGGAGUUCCGUUUUGAAUAUAUCACUGUACAUUAUCUCAGCCGUCAUGGAUUCCCACGGUGGUCCCUACCUCAACCAUAAGGCUCUUUGCUCACCUCUGGGUGCAGCCCGCCUCUGUCAGUUAGCUUUGGGCUGUGCUGUGAUUGCGAUGGUGACCCACACUGCUGGCUACAGUGGCUCACACGGUGUGUUCUGCAUGGCGGCGUGGUGCUUUUGCUUCGCCAUGUCAGUUCUAGUGUUCUUCCUGGAUGCAACUCAUCUCUACAGCUACCUGCCCGUGUCCUGGGACAACCUCACAGUCACAUGUGCUGCCUUUGCAACGCUCAUGUAUGUGACAGCCUCUGUUGUUUAUCCUCUGUUCUUUGUGCAAUCUGAGUGCCCCUACGCCGGCUGUGAUGUCAGAGAUUUCCGCAUUGCCGUCACCGUCUGCUCCAUCCUGGGGACUCUGGCCUACGGGGCAGAAGUGGCGUUGUGCCGAGCUAGGCCAGGCCAGAUUGUGACGGGCUAUAUGGCCACAGUCUCCGGCCUUCUCAAAGUUGUUCAAGGUUUCGUAGCCUGCAUCAUCUUUGGCGCUGUUGCCAACAGGAGUCAGUAUUCCCAAUAUGCAGCUACAAUCUACUGUGUUGUCGUGUAUGCUUUCUGCUUUGCUCUGACAGCACUGGUGGUUAUAAUGACUGUAUGCAGGCGGACCAAGGCUGUGUGCUGCAUAGCCUUUGACCGCUUUGUGGUAGUGUGCACCCUUCUGGAAGUACUGCUCUACCUGAGUGCAUCAGUGGUGUGGCCAGUGUUCUGCUUUGACACAAAAUAUGGCUCCCCAUGGAGACCGUCAUCCUGUCCACAGGGGAAGUGUCCGUGGGACAGUAAGGUUGUGGUGGCCGUGUUCUCCUUCGUCAACUUUGGACUGUAUUUGGCCGACCUGAUCUACUCACAGGGGAUCAGAUUUGUCUCCUCACAUAUGCCCAGUAACUCACGGGUCUAACAAUCCUUAUUUAGCAUUACAGGUUUAACAGGUUUAAGUUAUUUAUUUUUUUCACAGUUUAUGUUUUUUAAUAUCUAAAGACACAGAUAAGCUAAAUUUGCAGUGCACAAGGUUCCCAUGCCAGGUGCUACACUUAGUCUGCUUUUGAGACGCCAUGAAUUUGAACUGCAAGCAUUGUCAUAGAAUUUCACAGCCACACCCUACCAAAGUGACACUGACCCCUUCUUUCCUUAGAGCCAGCCUCACCCAGGCAGUCAGGACCCAGUGGUGUGUCCUGCCAAAUCCUCAUAAUACAAGACACUCCCACUAUUCUUGACCUGUGGAAUAACACAAAGUUCCUUUCUACUUUUAUUUCUGCUCAAAUGAUACAUAAAAGUCUUGAAUAUAAAUAGUAAACCUGGCUUUGGCAUCUGUGGUAUCUGUGGCAUCCCUGUCAUCUGCGAACCCCACACCAACGAUCUACGGACCCAGGUUGCCAAAAAUAAACCUGAGCUGUCUGCUCUCAUACUGAAGCCAUGACACAGCAUUUAUAAAAGGCUGGUGUCUUUAAAGCCUCUGUGAAAUGCUUUCUUCAGUCCACAAGAAAAAGCAAAUCAAAAACAAAUCUGUGGAUGCUCGUAUUAAACAUGGCCAGGAUUCAAAUAAUGAGGUAUGUAAAAAAAAAAAAAAGCUCAGGCUUCAGACUGCAAUACAUGCUCUGUUUCAGACAUUUUUUUUCUACUCUUGGAGCUGUUUGAUGUCACAGAUAGUGUAUAUGAACGGGCACAAAGAGCUCGUUUCAAACCUUCUGAUUGUGAGAGGUAGCCAAUCAGAAGAAAGUUGGCUUAAAGCAGCUUGUUUCAGACAGAGGAUGAACUGAGGGGCUGCACCGAGGCCCAGUAUGAGACAAAACAAGGAUUAUUUUGAACUGUGACUCAUACAAAGCUACCCUAAUAGAGUAUUAGAAUUAAAAAACAUAAAUGGAGAUGGAAAUGAGCAUAAUACAUCCUUUUAACUAUCACUUGAAAGGGUGUAUUAUAAUAUUAACACUGAUUAUUGACCUCGCUUUUGUUUUUUGUACAGAAAUGUGAUUUCAAAUA